UCUUUUAACCCGGUCACAACAUUGAGAAGUUGUGGAGGGUUUUCUCGGUUGCCAUGGAUUUCUAAAAGCUAUUGACUGCGAUAGGGUCCCUUUCUCUGAACGUCUUUGUAGAAGAAAACCUAUUAGUUUUUCUUCUUUUUCACAAGGGGGGCGAUAGCAUCUACGCUCGAGGAAGCGUUUCGUGUCAUUCUAGUUCUGUCUGACCAAUUGCGCACGUUUUGAGAUUCAGUAGUGCGAUGCAUCUCAGACCGCUAUAAACUAAAUUCAACCUCAUCAAACGACUGGAACGAUAGGAACUGCUCUUAAAAAGGUCCGACGUCAUAGAGAUGAAUUGAGAACUGGAAGAGAGCAGCGUGUGUCACUUCCCCCAAGAUUAACUCUGAGAUUGCUGUCUGCUGUGGCGUGAUGAGGAUGAGGUUGUCGAGGUGGAGCCCAGGAUUGGCUCUCCUGGUCGGUGUGGUCGCCAGUAUCUGUGCCUUUCACCCCACCACUGCCAUAGACAUACCACUGGAGGUUGUAGGUCAUGUAAACAUUGAGCAGCUGCCCACCAUCACAGAGGCGUCCCCCAGCUCUCUGAUCGCCUUCCCCUUCGAUGAGAGCUUCCCCAUGACGUGUGAAGCCAAAGGGAACCCCAAGCCAGAAUUCUGGUGGACGAAAAAUGGGGAAGAGUUUGACCCUUACCAGGACCCAAGGCUGAUCAAGGAGAAAAACUCAGGGACGUUUGUGAUCCCCAACACUGGGAACCUCACAGAGUACCAGGGAACUUACCGCUGUUAUGCCUCGAAUAAACUAGGGACAGCCAUAACAGAGGAGGUUGAGUUUGUUGUGCCCCAUGUACCGAAGUUUCCUAAGGAGAAGAUUGAUCCCAUUGAGGUGGAGGAGGGUCAGCCUGUCAUUCUGGAGUGUAACCCUCCUAAAGGAAUCCCUCCUUUACAGAUCUAUUGGAUGACCAUCGGCCUUCAGCACAUAGAGCAGGAUGACAGGGUGUCCAUUGGUCUGAACGGCGACCUGUUCUUCUCUAAUGCUCUGGAGAAGGACAGCCACAGAGACUACUGCUGCUUCGCUGCCUUUCCCAAGAUACGCACCAUCGUACAGAAGAAUGCCAUGUCUGUCAUAGUCAAGAGCAAAAAUUCAAACAAUGACUCAAGUAGCGGUCCAGGUCAUGCCAAUUCAAUCAUGGAGAGAAAACCAAGUCUUCUGAUGCCCUCUGGUGUCAAGUCGGAGACACAGCUGGUGAAAGGUGAUGAGCUACUACUGGAAUGCAUUGCAGAGGGCUUUCCAACUCCCAUGAUUGAGUGGUUGAGGAUAGACCACAGGCUGCCUGACAGAGUAACAAUAGAGAACCAUGGGAAACUCCUGAGCAUUGACCAGGUUGAUGAAGAUGACAAGGGGAAGUACAUGUGUAAGGCUACGAACAUCCACGGAAUGGCCGUCCACUACUUUGACGUAUCAGUGGAAGAGCCUCCUCAGUGGGUGUCUGAGCCUGAGAGCCAGCUUAGUAUGAUUGGCUCAGAUGUGCUCAUCAAUUGCUCCGCCACGGGCACUCCUCAGCCCACCAUCCAAUGGAUGGUGAAUGGAAAGCCUAUUGAGGAGGUCCCAGCAUCUAACAGAAAAGAGUUUGAUGACAAAAUUGUCUUGCACAAAGCCAACUCGACUGACAGUGCCGUCUACCAAUGUGAGGCCUCCAACAGACAUGGAACCCUGCUAGCCAAUGCCAAUAUCAUGAUCAUGAAUCUGCCUCCUAUGAUCCUGACAGAGGAAGGUCUGGAGUAUUCAGCGGUGGAGGGGAAGGUUAUAGUGAUGCACUGCAAGGUGUUCAGUUCUCCACCCUCUGCAGUUACCUGGAACAAGGAGGACUCCACAGGAUCUUUGGAGGGACCAAGGUUUACAGUUCACCAGAAUGGAUCAUUGGAGAUCUAUAAUGUGGAAAAAGAGGACAUGGGCCAAUACACAUGUUACACCAAGAAUACUGAAGGGACGUCUGCUAUCACUGCCUUACUGGAUGUUAAAGAUCCCACAAAGAUAUUCCAGGCCCCGGAAGACUUGCAGGUCCUAAUAGGAACCACAGCCCAGCUCUCCUGCCUGGCGAUGUACGACAACUCAUUCAGUGGCGACUUUGAGAUUGUGUGGGAAAAAGACGAUAUGGAGAUAGCACUAAACCACACAGAGAAUUCUGGAUAUUUCAUAGAGGAUGGUAUACUGCAGAUUGUCAACGUCAGCCACAGAGACCAGGGCAUGUACAAGUGUGUGGCCAGUACUCCAAUGGAUCAGGACACUGCCUCUGCACUACUCAUGGUGCUGGACAUCCCACAUGCACCUGAGAACUUGGUGCUAUCUGAACACAAGGGCAGAAGUGUGAAGCUCAAAUGGAUCCCUGGGGAGGACCACAACAGCUCAACCACUGAGUUCAUUAUUGAGUAUGAGGAGAGCCAGUGGGAGCCGGGGACCUGGAGAGAGCUUCAGAGAGUUCCUGGAAAUCACGGCUCGGCAGUCCUCAAACUUUACGGACAUGUCAACUAUCGCUUCCGAGUGUCUGGAGUCAACACAGUGGGCAGAGGGCGCCCCAGUGAGCCCACAGAGAGAUACAAGACCCCUCCCGCAGCCCCUGACAAGAACCCUGAAAAUAUCAAAAUUGAAGGUCAUUUGCCACAUGAAAUGGAUAUCAACUGGGAGCCAUUGUCCCCCAUUGAACACAAUGGGCCAGGCCUUGAAUAUAAGGUGAGUUAUAAGAGACAGCAUGUGGAGGAGGACUGGCAGGAGCAUGUGGUGAAGAGACACUCGUUUGUAGUGAAGGACACUCCCACGUUUGUGCCAUAUGAGAUCAGGAUACAGGCAAGGAACCACCACGGAUGGGGACCUGAACCCAAAGUGGUGACGGGCUACUCUGGAGAAGACUCUUUCUUUUGGACUUGCCCUCAGGAAGUUACCUCAGUCCCCUCUGCGGCUCCUGAUGAUGUAGCGGUGGAGGUGAUGAACAACUCGCUGGUCAAGGUCAGCUGGAUGCGUGUUCACAAGGACAAGCUGCAUGGACAUCUGGGAGGCUACAGGAUAAGCUGGUGGCGGCUGCGUAGUCUGCUGGACUCAAAGAAGACUCACGGGGACAAACACACUCUGACAUUCCCGGGGGACCGGAACCAUGCCAUGGUACCAGGGCUCACGCCCUUCUCUGAGUACAGCCUCAUCAUCAUGACCUUCAACAGGCGAGGCAAUGGGCCAGGUAGCCACGCCGUCAACUUCAAAACCCCAGAGGGAGUUCCAGAGAAAACCCCAGUUUUCAGGGUCACAGAUGUUCAGAAGCACACUGUCACUCUCACCUGGGCACCUCCUCUGGAAGCCAACGGAGUCCUUACAGGAUACCUGCUAGAGUAUCAGCUGAUCAACAACACAGAGGAGGUGGGUGUCCUGCAGACUGUGGAUAUCAGCAACCCUGACACCACCAUGUGGGUCCUGCAGAACCUGGAGGCUAUCAGCAGAUACAAGUUCUACCUGCGCCCCUGCACCAGGGUGGGCUGUGGGCCCCGGGUCAGCAAGGAGAGCACCACCACGCCUGAAGCACGUCUGGCAAGCAUCCAUGGAGGAAUCUCUACCCAGGGCUGGUUCAUCGGACUGAUGUGUGUCGCGGCUCUCCUCACACUCAUGGUGUUAAUCGCCUGCUUUGUCAACAGAAAUAAAGGAGGGAAAUAUUCCGUAAAGGAGAAAGAGGAUCUUCAUCCAGACCUAGAGUCCCAGGGUAUCCAUGAUGACACCUUCUGUGAAUACAGUGACAAUGAUGAGAAGCCACUGAAGGGCAGCCAGCACUCUCUGGACGGACAGAUCAAAGCAGAGGGCAGUGGGGACAGCCUGGUGGACUAUGGGGAUGAGGACAUCCAGUUCAACGAAGAUGGCUCCUUCAUCGGCGAGUACGCAGGUCGCAAAGAAAAGAAGGUGUCCAUGGAAGUCAAAGGAACCACGAAUCAGAGCACAGCGUGAGAGCAAGGAAAACGGUCCAUCAUCCAUCCUUAGGACAAUACUUUCAUUAGACUGGUGGAGGGGAGGGGACAUAAAGUAAGUAGAUGACAUAAUCCGUACCAAUCACAAUCCAAUGUCAAAUGUAAUGUGUCAUUGUCAGCUGCACUGCCAUCUUCAUUUUAUAAAGCUGUUUGUUUUAUCAAGCUGUAACAGAAUGCAUCAUUUCCAAAUGUAUAUAUUAUUGUAUGUGGGAGUGUUUUAUAUUACUGCAAAUCAGUGAAAACCUUUGAGGAUUUUUGCAUUUUUUUGUCAAAUGCAACAACUGUUUGAAAUCAAUUCAAAUGUAAAAAGGAAGAAAAAGAAAUCUCCAGUCCACAUUGAUCCUUGUCUUAUACUACCAGAUCUCUCAUGCCCAGUCAUCAUUUAGCAAACUACACGUGUAUGUGAACAGAUGAUGUCAGCCUGUUUCAGUUGAAGCAAAUAUUGGCAUUUUAUAUUUGAAAGGCAUUUAUUAAAUAUGAUUUUAAUAUGUGUACAAAGGCUGUUCAUCAACUUAUUUCCUGGUUUUAUACAUGACAAAAUAACAAUACAAAACAGAUGCCUCAGUUAUAUCACAUGAAAUGCCAAAAGAUCUAAGGCAAGGGCUCUGAGAACUCUCAGUUGAUAACAGGAAAGUACUUCUGUUGUUUCCACAGUGAGGUUAUGAUUCAGUGGUUUUAUGUGCCAGCUCGCUAUAACAUACAGACAAUUAUCAACCGAGUUACCACUUGAUCUAUUCUAGCUCAUCAAAAUACCAAUUAAAGCAUUCAUGUUGUUCCCAUGUUCUUAGAACAGCCUUGCUCAUUACAACUUGCAUGUCAUUGUAGACAAUGCCAUUCAACUCCAAAAAAGUAAUCAUAGUAAACCUGUUUGAAAGUCAACCUAAACGUUACCAUGAUGAUCGCCUUUGAUUGCAUCUUUGUACAAAUACAUCAAAUAUAGCUAUUGUAUGUUAAAGAAUGUUUGUGGAUGUUUUGAUGUUAUUAAAUUGUUUAACUUUUCAUUACCAUUGG